AUGGCAGCGACCUUUAGAUCAUUGGGAUCAUGGGUCCUAGGUGGAGGUGGCGGGAGUGGCGGGAAGGCACAAAUGUCCCAACUAUUCGACAAGACGAACCCUGCCGAGGACGGGGAGGAGUGCCUGCACGACUGCGAGACCUGCACGAUCAAGUACCCGCGCAACUUCAAGGUCGAGGAGGGCGACAAGCUGUACGGGCACGUCGGACCCUGGAGCACGCACCUCCUCGUCGGGACGGGCAAGACGGACUGGGUGAGGGACGUGUCGGAUGAGAAGGGGAGUGUCAUGCAGGCUGUCGGCAAGGCCUCGGCACCUUCGAACGGGAAAAUGAUGUUAUCGGCAAGCGACAUGCCCACACCAAACGGAACGACAGACUACACCGAGCCGACGACGGUCCUCCUCCUACCGGCCUUUACGCUGAUCGACAACGUCAGGCCGGAUAACGUCAAGGACCUGAUACAUCAGGUGGUGGAGGUGGCGCCGACGACGACAUCGCCCAUGAAGUUCCCUCCCAUACCGUCGGCCCCGGCGACGCUGCCGGGAGGUCUGUCGGUGCGGGACUGCCCCCACAAGGCCGUGAUACUCAUGUGCAGCCAGCGUACGAGGGACGUCCGGUGCGGUCAGAGCGCCCCCCUUCUCCGUCGAGAGCUGGAACGUCACCUGCGGCCUCUGGGGCUGUACCGCGACCUGCACGACCAGAGGCCGGGCGGCGUGGCUAUAUACUUCAUCAGCCACGUCGGCGGGCACAAGUACUCGGCUAAUGUCAUGGUGUACCGAAGGAGGAAUGCAUUCGGGCAGGAUGAGGGGGAGGGGGAGGACGGAGGGGAGGCAGAAGGAGAGGAGGAUGGGGUGGGGGGGGAGGGGAAGACGACGACGACGACGACGACGACGACGCAAGGGGGGGCGGCCCAGGGUAUCUGGUUGGCGAGGGUGAAGCCGGAAGACUGCGAGAAUCUAGUCAGGUACACCGUUCUCAAGGGUAAGGUUGUCAAGCCCGAGACGCAGCUGCGUGGUGGGUUCAACCGGAGCAGAGGUCUGAUCAGUUGGUGA